AUGUCCAAAACCUUCAGCCAGGCCGAGGUGUCAUCCCACAGCAAGUCCGACUCGCUGUGGAUCGUCGUCGACGGAGACGUUUAUGAUCUCACAAAGUUCCAGGACGACCACCCAGGCGGCAAGAAGAUCCUCCAGCGGGUUGCCGGGAAAGAUGCGUCCAAGCAGUUCUGGAAGUACCAUAACGAGGGAAUCCUCAAAAAGUACCAGAAGCAACUGCAGAUCGGCUCGCUAGACAGCAAGCCUAAGCCCGCCACCGAGGCGCCAAAGCCCGUGCAAAAGCCCAAAGCCGCGCUCGCGGCUGCGGCCCCGACUACCGCCCCGGCCGAGGAUGCCGAAGCCUUAGAGCCCUUUGGUCAACAGAUUCCCUUCGCCGACCCUAGCUGGUAUCAAAGCCAUCACUCCCCCUAUUUCAAUGAGACCCACGCCGCUCUCCGCGCCGAGGUUCGUGAGUGGGUCGAAACCGAGAUUGAGCCCCAUGUCACCGAGUGGGACGAGAAGAAGACGGUUCCUGCGGAAAUCUACAAGGAGAUGGGUCGGCGCGGCUAUCUGGCGGGACUUCUCGGAAUUCACUACCAGAAGGAUUAUGUCAACAACCCAAUUCAGUCGGUGCCUGUUGAGAAAUGGGACCUGUUCCACGAGAUGCUGCUGACGGACGAGCUGAGCCGUACCGGCUCUGGUGGCUUUGUGUGGAACCUGAUUGGCGGCUUUGGUAUCGGGUGCCCACCCCUCGUCAAGUUUGGCAAGAAGUCUGUCGUUGACCGCGUCCUUCCUGGAAUCCUCAACGGCGACAAGCGUAUCUGCCUGGCCAUCACCGAGCCCGACGCUGGAAGCGAUGUAGCCAAUCUUUCCUGCGAGGCUAAGCUCACCGAUGAUGGGAAACACUACAUCGUGAACGGCGAGAAGAAGUGGAUCACCAAUGGCAUCUGGUGCGACUAUUUCACUACGGCAGUGCGUACCGGGGGCCCAGGCAUGAACGGCGUCAGUCUUCUGCUCAUCGAGCGUGACUUUGGUGGCGUCUCCACACGCCGCAUGGAUUGCCAGGGCGUUUGGUCUAGCGGCACCACAUACAUCACUUUCGAAGAUGUCAAGGUCCCCGUAGAGAACCUGAUCGGCAAGGAGCAUCAGGGAUUCAAGGUUAUUAUGACCAACUUCAACCACGAGCGCAUCGGCAUCAUCAUCCAGUGCCUUCGAUUCUCUCGUGUGUGUUAUGAGGAGUCGGUCAAGUAUGCGAACAAGCGCAAGACGUUCGGCAAGAAGCUUAUCGACCAUCCUGUCAUCCGCCUCAAGCUGGCACACAUGGCGCGCCAGAUCGAAGCCAGCUACAACUGGCUUGAGAACGUCAUCUACCAGUGCGAGAAGAUGGGCGAGACCGAGGCUAUGCUUCGCCUGGGCGGCCCUAUUGCUAGUCUCAAGGCUCAGGCAACUGUGACGUUUGAGUUCUGCGCCCGUGAGGCUUCUCAGAUAUUUGGCGGGUUGUCCUACUCACGUGGUGGACAGGGUGGCAAGGUUGAGCGCCUGUACCGUGAUGUCCGGGCUUACGCAAUUCCCGGCGGAAGCGAAGAGAUCAUGCUCGACUUGAGCAUACGCCAGAGUAUGAAGGUGGCAAAAAUGCUGGGCAUGAAGCUCUAG